AUGGGACUGCCGACCACGAGAAUGUCCCUCCUGACGAGUGUCGCCUGUCUCCCGAAAGAGGAUAUUCUAGCCAUGAUGCCACCCCGUAAGGUGGUCGAUAGACACGUUUCCCACUUCUUCAACGCGUUCGACUUUGCCCCAGAUAUCGGAGCAUCUGGCUUGUCCGCGACCGAAUCGCAGGAUACGUUGGACACUUACCGAACCCUCACCAUCCACUGCUUGGUUGCUGGGGAUUAUCUACGAUCGGGCAGAUACACGAUAGAAACACUGACCUUGCACUUCGCCCUUGACCAGAAUGUUAACGUCGAUACACAUGCCGGCACUUGGGUAUUGAUGGGCGUCGUCAUCCGAGUUGCCAUGCGCAUGGGACUACACCGAGAUCCAGCUCACUGGCCAACUAUUCGACCAUUACAAGCAGAGCUCAGACGGCGAAUAUGGAUGACCCUCUACGAUAUGGACUUCUUCACGAGUACACAAGUUGGACUACCACGCAUCAUCAAGGACUCCCAGUGUGAUACACAACCUCCUGCACACUUGGUUGAUGGAGAUAUAAGCCUCGAGCAUGACGAAACUCCAGUCGAGCGACCACUUACUGAACCCAGCUCUCUGCUGUACAUCAUCCAAAGGCACCGCAUCAUCACACUGGCGGCCGAGAUAUACGAUGCAACAGAAGGAGGACCGCCCUUAGCCGCCACGAUUUCUGCACUAAGUACCAAGCUUGAAGAAACUGUCCAAUCUAUACCGGCAUGGCUAAAGCACAAACCGCUCGAGGCAUCGAUUGCCGACAACCCCGUAACGAUACUGUAUCGUAUGUUCUUGGACAUUCUGAUUCACAAGGCUGUCUAUCUCCUGCACCGUCGAGCUUUUGUAAAAGGCUCUUCUGGAGAAGAAAAUGCCAAAUCUAGCAAGGCGUGUAUCGAUGCUGCCCUGGCAAUACUAGACCACCAGCGAAGGAUGAGCGAGGAGACUCAGCCUGGGGGCCUCAUGUAUGCCAUUCGUUGGAAGGUGGCCACGUCGCUCAAUCACGAAUUUCUGCAGGCUACUAUGAUGCUAUGCUUUGCUCUGAGCAGGUCCGACGAGGACGCAGAACCCAGCUCUACCAACUUCAUGCCUCGGCGAGAUGAUAUUAUGGAAGCUUUGGCUACUGCGAGGGGUCUCUGGGAGAUGAACGCUGGCCAAUCUACGGAGGCUCAAAGAGCGGUCAAGACCAUCUCAGUCGUGCUGAAGCAUGGAGAGUCUCCCACCACAGCAUCGUUGGAUGACCUUUUCAAACAGAUGCCAGGGGUGAUCGCACCGAGUUAUCUCGACCCCUUUGAGGACAUGGCUUUGGAUCCAUCUCUCUUUGGGGCGUUUGGAAGUAUGCCGGGCGACCUUACUUUGUGA